AUGUACGGUUCAUUUGGCUCAUAUAGCUCUAUGAGCAUCGGCUCAGCACCGAUGAGCAUUUCCACAAGUGUCACAUCCCGCGACGAGUCGUGCGCCUUCCCUUCAUGGCCGCGCCGCUCAUCGCUGAGCUCUUCCGACAAAGACGCCUCUUACGAGCCCCGCGCCAGCUCCUACCUUUCCGACGACGACCUCUUCCUCUACGAUGAGCCCACCAGCAGUGGCUCCGAGAGCGACGACAGCCGCAGUGUGUCCAGCGCCGGUAGUGCCUCGCCGCCCACGCUCGGUCUCGUCCUCGCCUCGCCGACCCGCCACGCGCCCAGCGAAGCUGAGAUCCUCGAGAUGCAGCGCCAACGCCUCAACGUGCGCAGAGAUCUCAUCCGCAUGGUCCAGCAGGAAAAGGAGCGCCGCAAGCAGAGCAGCAAGAGCCGUCGCGCAGCCGCCGCCAAGAAGAGCACCAGCAAGACGCGCAGCUACAGCAUGGCGCCCAUCACCGAGGCUGAGGAGUGA